AUGGAGAAUGCAGAAAUCAACAACCUGAUCAAAAUUCUUGGACUUCAGUUCAAAGAAAAAUACGAAGACAUUGAGAAGUUGCGCACUCUUCGUUAUGGUAAAAUUAUGAUAAUGACAGAUCAGGAUAAUGACGGAUCUCACAUCAAAGGAUUGAUAAUCAACUUCAUCCAUCAUUUCUGGCCAAACCUUUUGAAACAUAAUGUUGUAGAAGAAUUUAUUACACCAAUUGUUAAGGUGACAAAGAAUAAAGUGGAAAAGGCUUUCUAUUCCAUUCCUGAAUUUGAAGAAUGGCAACGUGGUACACAAAAUUGGCAUACAUGGAAGAUCAAAUACUACAAAGGUUUGGGUACCAGCACAGCAAAAGAAGCCAAAGAAUAUUUUUCUGAUAUGGAACGCCACAGAAUACCUUUCAAAUAUGAAGGGCCUGAAGAUGACGCCUCAAUAAACCUGGCGUUCAGUAAAAAGAAGAUUGAUGAAAGAAAAGAAUGGCUUACUAAUUGGAUGGAGGAAAAACGGAGAAGACUGGAAAUGGGACUUCCUGAGUUGUAUUUGUAUGGGAAAGGAGUAAACCAAAUCUCCUUCAAUGAAUUUAUCAACCGGGAGUUAAUUCUGUUCAGUUUCACAGAUAAUAACCGUUCAAUCCCUUCGCUUGUUGAUGGUCUGAAACCUGGUCAACGUAAAGUAAUCUUUACUUGUUUUAAGAGAAAUGACAAAAAGGAGGUGAAAGUCGCCCAGUUGGCAGGUUCUGUUGCAGAACUCUCAGCAUACCAUCAUGGUGAGGCUUCACUUAUGAGUACAAUUAUCAACUUAGCCCAGAACUUUGUUGGUUCAAACAACAUAAACUUACUGCUGCCCAUUGGUCAGUUUGGAACCCGGUUACAUGGUGGCAAAGAUGCUGCCAGCCCCCGUUAUAUCUUCACACUUUUAAGUUCGGUUGGAAAAAGAAUAUUUCACUCUGACGAUCUUCCUCUCUUGAAAAACCUCUAUGAUGACAACCAGAAAAUUGAACCCGAAUACUAUGUUCCUAUUAUUCCAAUGAUAUUGGUGAAUGGAACUGAUGGCAUUGGCACAGGGUGGAGUACAAAAAUACCCAACUAUGAUCCAAGAGAGAUCAUAACAAAUAUUAGGCGAAUGUUGUCAGGAAAUGAUCCUCUAAACAUGGUCCCAUGGUUCAAGAACUUCAAAGGUACAAUUGAAGAGUUGAGUGAGAACAAGUACCUAGUGAGUGGUGAGAUUUCUGUUUUGGAUGAGACAACAGUUGAAAUUACAGAACUCCCCAUCCGUACUUGGACACAAAACUAUAAAGAAGAGGUGUUAGAACCUAUGUUACAUGGAUCUGAGAAAAAUCCAUCUGUGAUAAUAGAUUAUAAGGAAUACCAUACUGACACAUCAGUCAGGUUUGUCGUGAAGAUGUCAGGUGAGAAGCUUGCCAAUGCUGAAGCAUCUGGUCUUCACAAAUUCUUCAAACUGCAAACAACAUUCUCUACAAACAGUAUGGUAUUAUUCGAUCAGAAUGGUUGCAUCCGGAAGUAUGACAAGGUGGAACAAAUAAUGCGUGAAUUUUUUGACCUCCGACUUGAUUAUUACAAAAGAAGAAAAGACUAUAUGGAAGGAAUGUUCAAAUCUGAAUCCCUCAAGUUUGAUAACAUUGCUCGCUUCAUCAUGGAGAAAAUUGAUGGGCUUGUCAAAAUUGAAAAUGUAUCAAAGAAGGAUCUGAUUCAAUUAUUGGUCCGUAGGGGCUAUGAUUCUGACCCAAUCAAAGCAUGGAGAGAAAGUCAGUCAAAAAAUAAGGAAAAAGAUGAGAGUUCAGAUGAUGAGGAGAAAGAGGAAACAACUGGUCCGGACUUUAACUACAUCCUCGGUCUACCCCUGUGGUGUUUAACCAAAGAAAAGAAAGAAGAAUAUAUCCGUCAACGAGAAGCCAAGGCUGACGAACUUGAACGUUUGCGGCGCAAAAGGCCAGAAGACAUUUACCGAAAUGAUUUGGAUGUCCUUCUAACUGAGCUAGAUCAAUUUGAAGAACAAGUGCGGGAAGACGAGAAAGUAGAUAUCAUCAAAACCCAGAAGACUUCAAAGGGUCGUGUAAAACAAAAGAAGAUUACACUCGAGGAGACUCUUCCCUCUCCUGUUGGUCGACGUAUUCAGCCUGUCAUUGAUCAUGCUACCAAAGUGAAGGCUGAGAAAGAAGUAGCUUCUAAGAAGCGACAACAAGUUUCUUAG